UCUGUGUAUCUGAUUUGUGCUGAAUACAGAAAUUUAGGUGGUGUGGUUAAAUAAUUUAGUCCGUUGUUGUAAUAAUUAUUCUAUUUCUAUAAUCCUGCAUUCAAAGAAGAUAUUAUUAUUUUCUAUGUUAGAUUAACAAUGGAUAAAAUACCUAGGACCCAUGAAGCCAUAGAGGCACAAAUAAGGGAGAUACAAUCUAAGAAAAAUGAACUCCCAGAAAAUGGUUCAGGAAAAGGAGUUGCACUUGGUGAUUCAUACUAUGAUAGUGAUAUUUAUGAUAAUGCUGGACACACUGGGAAAUCAAGGUAUGAUGGCUAUGUGACAUCUAUUGCUGCCAAUGAUGAAGUUGAAGACGAGGAUGUGGAGAAUGUCCCUAUAUCACAAAAGAGAUCUGGUUACACUGCCCCAGCUUCACUACUUAAUGAUAUUGCACAGAGUGAUAAGGACUAUGAUCCUUUUGCUGACAAGAGAAGGCCAACAAUUGCAGACAGAGAAGAUGAGUAUCGUCAGAAGAGGCGCCGGAUGAUUAUAUCCCCUGAACGUUCAGAUCCUUUUGCAGAAGGUGGGAAAACACCAGAUGUAGGCUCUAGGACCUAUACAGAAAUCAUGAAGGAGCAAUAUCUGAGAGCUGAGGAAACAGAGUUGAGGAAAAAGCUUUUGGAGAGAGCCAGAGAGGGAACACUUAAACCUGUAGCUCAACCAAACGGAGAAGCUGUUAAGCCAGCUGCAUCUAAGCGCAAGGGUCGAUGGGAUCAGAGUUCUGAAGAAACACCAACUGUUAAGAAAUCUUCAGUUAUCUCAGCCACACCAAGCUCCCAGGCUACACCAUCAUGGGAAAAUGAGCGCGGUGCAUGGGAGGAGACGCCGGGCCACAGCGGGCGCGGCGGCGAGACUCCGGGCGCGACGCCAUCGGCGCGCGUGUGGGACGCCACGCCCGCGCACCUCACGCCAGGCCACAGCACGCCCGGCCGCGAGACGCCCGCGCACCAUGCCUCGCGCCGCAACCGCUGGGACGAGACACCCAAAACUGAUAGAGAAACCCCUGGACACGCGAGCGGUUGGGCCGAGACGCCGCGCACGGACCGCGGCGCCGGCGUCGACACCAUCCAAGAGACCCCGACCCCAGGCACCAAGCGCCGCUCGCGAUGGGACGAGACGCCCGGCGCCACGCCCGUGCCCGCCACGCCUACGCCGUCGCACGCCACGCCGUCGCACGCCACGCCGACGCAUGCCACGCCGUCGCACGCUACGCCGACUCCGCAUACGCCCGUUUUUACUCCGGGUGGCUCAACACCAGUGGGCGUGAAAGCAAUGGCCAUGGCCACGCCCACACCGGGCCACAUCGCGGCCAUGACCCCAGAACAACUGCAAGCUUACCGCUGGGAGAAAGAAAUUGAUGAACGCAACAGACCCUACACCGAUGAAGAGCUGGAUGCCAUGUUCCCUGCCGGGUACAAGGUUUUGCCUCCGCCUGCCGGUUAUGUUCCGAUUCGGACCCCGGCUCGAAAGCUGACCGCGACACCAACGCCUUUGGCUGGUACCCCAAUCGGCUUUUUCAUGCAGACGGAGGAAGUCGGGGGCAGCGCUGCGGCGGCGGCGCGCCUGCUAGAGCCGCAGCCUAAGGGCGCUCAGCAACUGCCCUUUAUGAAGCCCGAGGACGCGCAGUACUUCGACAAACUGCUCGUGGACGUCGACGAGGACACACUGUCGCCCGACGAAUUGAAGGAGCGCAAAAUUAUGAAGUUGUUGUUGAAAAUUAAAAACGGAACUCCGCCCAUGUGCAAAGCCGCACUCCGUCAGAUCACGGACAAGGCGCGCGAUUUCGGCGCCGGCCCGCUCUUCAACCAAAUACUGCCGUUACUGAUGAGCCCUACACUGGAGGACCAGGAGCGCCAUUUGCUCGUCAAAGUCAUUGACAGAAUAUUGUACAAAUUAGACGAUCUGGUUCGUCCUUACGUGCACAAAAUUUUGGUUGUAAUAGAACCUUUACUUAUUGAUGAAGAUUACUACGCUCGUGUGGAAGGAAGGGAGAUCAUAUCAAACCUGGCCAAGGCCGCCGGACUCGCCACCAUGAUCUCUACCAUGAGGCCUGAUAUUGAUAAUAUUGAUGAGUAUGUGCGAAACACUACCGCCAGAGCGUUUGCCGUCGUCGCAUCUGCUUUAGGCAUCCCAUCAUUGCUGCCAUUUUUGAAAGCUGUAUGCAGAUCAAAAAAAUCAUGGCAGGCUCGGCACACUGGAAUCAAAAUCGUACAACAGAUUGCUAUACUGAUGGGCUGUGCUAUAUUACCACAUCUGAAGUCUCUUGUGGAGAUUAUUGAACACGGUCUGGUGGAUGAACAACAGAAAGUGCGUACAAUCACGGCUUUGGCUAGCGCCGCCCUAGCCGAGGCCGCCACGCCCUACGGUAUCGAGUCCUUCGACUCUGUGCUGAAGCCGCUGUGGAAGGGUAUCAGGACUCAUCGCGGUAAAGGGUUGGCCGCCUUCCUCAAAGCCAUCGGUUACCUCAUCCCUCUCAUGGACGCAGAGUAUGCCAAUUACUACACACGUGAAGUGAUGCUUAUUCUGAUUCGUGAGUUCCAGUCGCCUGAUGAAGAAAUGAAGAAGAUUGUGUUAAAAGUGGUGAAGCAAUGUUGCGGCACUGACGGUGUGGAGCCUCAGUAUAUAAUGGACGAGAUUCUUCCGCACUUUUUCAAACAUUUCUGGAACCACCGAAUGGCUCUCGACCGUCGCAAUUAUCGACAACUCGUCGAUACUACUGUUGAAAUAGCCAACAAGGUCGGUGCAUCAGAAAUCAUAAACAGAAUCGUGGACGAUCUAAAAGACGACAACGAGCAAUACAGAAAGAUGGUAAUGGAAUCCAUUGAGAAGAUUUUAGCAAACUUGGGCGCCGCUGAUAUCGACUCCAAGCUUGAAGAGGCUUUGAUUGACGGAAUUCUUUAUGCCUUCCAAGAACAAACUACUGAGGAUGUUGUUAUGCUGAAUGGCUUUGGCACAAUAGUAAAUCAGCUGGGUAAGCGAGUGAAGCCGUACCUGCCACAGAUCUGUGGUAUCAUUCUGUGGCGCAUGAACAACAAGUCUGCGAAGGUCCGCCAACAGGCUGCCGAUCUUAUCUCACGUAUUGCUGUGGUCAUGAAAACUUGCCAAGAGGAAAAACUCAUGGGUCAUCUUGGCGUUGUACUUUAUGAAUACUUGGGUGAAGAAUAUCCAGAGGUGCUCGGGUCUAUCCUGGGAGCUCUGAAAGCUAUUGUCAAUGUUAUAGGUAUGACAAAGAUGACGCCGCCCAUCAAAGAUCUCCUGCCCAGAUUGACACCCAUUUUGAAAAACAGACAUGAAAAAGUGCAAGAAAAUUGCAUUGAUCUAGUCGGACGUAUUGCAGACAGAGGGCCAGAGUUUGUCUCGGCCAGGGAAUGGAUGAGGAUAUGCUUUGAACUGUUGGAGUUGUUAAAAGCACACAAGAAAGCUAUCAGACGAGCAACUGUCAACACAUUCGGUUACAUUGCUAAAGCGAUUGGACCCCACGAUGUACUGGCUACCCUAUUAAACAAUUUAAAAGUACAGGAACGACAAAACAGAGUGUGCACAACAGUCGCCAUUGCUAUAGUGGCAGAAACCUGUUCUCCCUUCACAGUGCUGCCAGCUCUCAUGAAUGAGUACAGAGUGCCAGAGUUGAAUGUGCAAAAUGGAGUACUCAAAUCAUUGUCAUUCUUGUUUGAAUAUAUUGGAGAGAUGGGGAAAGAUUAUAUUUAUGCUGUCUGUCCCCUGCUUGAGGAUGCUCUUAUGGAUAGGGAUCUCGUUCACCGACAAACCGCAUGCGCAGCAAUAAAGCACAUGGCGCUCGGCGUGUACGGCUUCGGCUGCGAGGACGCUCUCGUGCACUUGCUGAACCACGUGUGGCCGAACAUAUUCGAGACCUCGCCCCAUCUCGUGCAGGCCUUCAUGGACGCUGUGGAGGGCAUGAGGGUCGCUCUUGGACCUAUCAAGAUACUGCAAUAUGCCUUACAGGGCUUGUUUCAUCCAGCGAGGAAAGUUCGCGACGUCUAUUGGAAGAUAUACAACACACUGUACAUCGGCGGACAGGACGCCCUCGUCGCCGGGUACCCCAGAAUACAUAACGAUCCAAACAAUCACUUUAUUAGAUAUGAACUAGAUUAUUUGUUGUAAACCGUAAAUUUAAUAUAUUAGUACGUGUAAAAUUAGAAAAUUGUUUGAUUGAAAACAAUAUUUAAAAAUACAUUAGUAUGAACCAAUACUGAAUAUUGCGCUUAAGGAGACUAUUCUUUAUCAAUGAUUGCACUCUUCAAAAUUUUGUAGGCAUACACAAAGCUUCAAGAUUCCUACUGCUGGGCUGCUGGCUAUAAAUAUACAGGGUGCUCGGGAGUAUUUCUCAUAACUAAAGUUUGAGGCUACAUAUAUAGGACUGAACUGAAUAACUUAUAUUUUUUUACCUACAUGAAAAAAUAAUUUUGUUUUCAUACAUGGUAAUUCAAAUAAUAUCCAUGUAACACACGCCUUUAGGUAACAAAGUGACAAUGUUGCUUUAAAAAUAUAAAUAAGUCAUUAUUGUAAGGAUGUGUGGGACACUUUUUGAGAUCUAUUUACAAAACAAAUAUUAUUUACUCCGAAAAUAUUCAUUUUAGAACACACGUUCCUUCAACAUUUUUAAUUAAUUUUCCUUAAACAAUAACCCUAGAGUUAUGGGAAUUACUCCCGAGCAUCCUGUAUAAAUAUAAUGAGUGUGUGAAUAGCUGUGUCCAGUAUGCACUUUAAGCCUACAUUGACUUUUAUUGAUUAUUUUCCAUUUAGUUCUGUAUGUGCCAACCAUAUACUGCGAUGCGACCAACGACAUAUUAUCUCGUGAACGGAAAUUGACAAAUUUUAACGAAUGGCGGCGCAACUUGAAUUACCGUUAUCGCUUUCAUUGCGUUGGCACUAAAGAGAUGGGCAUAGAGUAAAGAUGGGACUGGGAUCCACCGCCAUGGGACGACAUAUUGUCAUUUUUGUCUAUUUCUUUUCACUUGGUUGCAUGCUAGGUAAUAGCAUAGCUGGGCAUUAACUCGUUAAUCGUUAAUUAACGAAGUUAAAAUUUUGAUUAACGGAUUAACUUUUAAAAAUGUUAACGGACACGUUAACUUCCGUUAAUAUGGAGAAGUCCGUUAAUCGUUAAUCCAAUAAAGUACCUACCCAGUAGUCAUCCUUGAUUUGAUUUAUUUACCUAUUUUAAAUAUUAAACACUAUACAUAAAAACAAUGAAUUUUUCUGAAAGGUUAUUUGUUUAUUUUUCCAAAAAAAUCAACAAAAUACUAUAUUUAGGUUAAAAUUAUAGAUAAAAUCAAUAAAAAACAAAUUAUGGCACUUUUCCUCAGUGCUCAUCCUCAUUUUUCCAAUGGUGAUCUUACACAAUGAUAUAAAAAUGCACUUUUACACGGUCAUAUUAACGGAUUAACGAUUAACGUUAACUUGCGUUAAUUCUUCCGAAAUGAAACGCUUUAACGUUUAACGAAGCUAACUUUUUUUGUAGCGGAUUAACGAUUAACGAAGUUAACUAUUUGAUUAACAGUGCCCAGCUAUGGGUAAUAGCUAUUGCAGCAAGCAUUGCCUGUUAUGCCUUAAAGUGGCGUGUAUCAGAUCUAUGGUGCACGAAACUGAACUUAUAAACAAGUCGACAGUAUCACUUGUUGAAUGUAAGUUUGUGCGCCAAAUCCCCCUCCCAUUAUGAUACGGCAUAUGGUUAACUUUAAUGUACCUACUUACUAUUCAUUAUAAAAUAAGAGUUAUUCAAUGUAAUUAUUAUAAAAUUUCUUCUGAAUUGGGUAUAAAUAAAGACUAACAAAUCCAGA